AUGUCUACCAUGGAGGGGUCGACAACAGCCAGCAGACACCACAACAGAGGAGCACAACCAUCCCUCACUGUCCGCAGUAUUAUUCCCAAUCCUACCAAAUGUUUGAUUGACAACAGUGAGGUUGAAGAAUAUGACGAAACUUUGUUGAUGCGUCUCCGCAAGCUAUCGGAAUACACAAAUUCAAAGGCCAAUAUCUAUGCCCUUGGUAAAUUACUGCCAACUGCUACCUGGGGUCAAUAUAAGCCUAUCAACAAUAGGAGCAAGGUAUUGUGUGACCCAGCGACUGGUGAUCCAAUCACCAUAUGGGUUGUCGGUCGGAUUGCGAAGAUGUGGUUCAUGAGAUUUGGCAAACCUGAAAGUCGGGUGACCUUAACAAUCAUGCCUCUAUCAAGGACCCUUGCACACCAGAGUGUGCUGUUAUUAGCCAAAUUUUCUACCCCUGCUUUGAGUGAGAACAAUUAUAUUCUAAAGAUCAAAUAUGACUGCAUAGUAGGCCUCACCCCACAAGGAUUGGACAUCAUUUGCACAAUAAAGUGGCAAAAUGUCAGGGGCGGAGAUACUGUGAACAAGGCUAUCCUGUUUGAUACCGUAUAUGAUGCUAGACGCGACAGGUCACUAAAGACUUACAGUGAGCGGCCAAUCUGGAACCUCACUGACUUGAAAUCAGGAGAUCUCGUCUUGUUGGAGAUGAAGAUGACACAUUACUCCAAAAAGCAGGAAGACAACAAAUGGCACUCUCGCGCUCAAUAUGAAAUGAUUGCCAUAUCUCUUCUGGACAUUGCCGAGUUCCCCGAGGAGGAUGGUCAGGGAACUACACAGAUUGAUGGAUUAGCUAUUUAA